UCUGUGGCUAUGCUCUCAAAAAUGAAAAACCCAAGUCUCACUUUGUCCCUCGGUGUCAUCUUCUCUAUCAUCUUCCUCUUCAAACCCUCCCACCAAGUCUCCAACCCUAGACUUCUACAGGCUUACACAGCACUCCAAGCAUGGAAACAUGUCAUCACCUCUGACCCCAACAACUUCACUGCCAAUUGGUGCGGCCUGCAAGUUUGCAACUACACCGGAGUCUACUGUGCACCAGCCCUGGAUGACCCUCACACCAUCACAGUGGCUGGCAUAGACCUAAACCAUGCCAACAUAGCCGGUUCAAUGCCGGAAGAACUUGGCCUCUUAACUGAUCUAGCCAUUUUCCACAUCAACUCUAACCGCUUCUGCGGCACCAUUCCUUAUAGCUUUCGUUACCUUCGCCUUCUUCACGAAUUGGAUAUCAGUAACAACCAAUUCUCAGGCCAAUUUCCUUCAUUUGUUCUUUACAUUAAUUCACUCAAAUACUUGGACAUCAGAUACAACAAUUUUCAUGGUGAAGUUCCCUCUGCCCUUUUCAAUUUAAAACUUGAUGCAUUGUUCCUUAACAAUAACAGGUUUCAAUUUUCAUUGCCUCAAAACAUUGGCAACUCCUCACUCUCUGUGAUUGUCUUGGCAAAUAAUGACCUCAAGGGUUGCAUUCCUUCAAGCUUGGCGAAUUUGAAGGACACAUUGAACGAAGUUAUACUCAUAAACAGUGGACUAAAAGGGUGUCUGCCGUCAAAUUUAGGGUUGUUGGACAAAGUGAGAGUGUUUGAUAUAAGCCAGAAUAAGCUGGUGGGUGCAUUGCCUGAAUCUAUGGGUGGGAUGAAGAAUUUGGAGCAGCUAAAUGUGGCACAUAACAAAUUGUCAGGGGAGGUUCCUGCUAGCAUAUGCUUGUUGCCUAAGUUGGAGAACUUCACACACUCAUAUAACUAUUUCUGUGGUGAACCACCAAUAUGCAUCAAGUUGCCAGAACAAGAUGAUAGGAAGAAUUGUAUUGCAUAUAGGCCAUUGCAGCGAUCCCCGCAGGAAUGUGCCACAUUUUAUGCCCAUUUGGUCAAUUGUGAUGCCUUUGGGUGCACACCAAGAAGUCCACCGCCACCCUCGCCGCCUCCACCUCCGCCUCAUGUGGCAUCUCAUUAUCCAUGAUCA